AUGACUGUAUUUCUUCCCUUUUACAUAUUACGUAAAAAUACACGAUACGGUAACGUGGCACCGAAAACAACAGAAGGAAGACUUUUUGUGAUAGCAUAUGGUGUAUUAGGUAUACCAUUUACAAUGCUUGCAAUUGCUAGUUUGGGUAAAUUUUUAGCCGAAAUUUUAAAAGGAAUUACACAAAUUACGGCUCGUGCAAUAAAGGCAAUUUUCUGUUGCAGUAGCAUGCAAAAGCAAUUCAAGGAAAAAGAAGCACUAAUUAGUGAUUCAAAAAAUGACAAUAAAAACAAGUAUAUAAUUCCAACUGAUGAUAUUAUAUCGGAUAAUACUGAGGUUAAAAAGGUGCAAAAAUGGGGUGAAGCAUUGGUACUAAUUGUGGCCUUUUUCAUUUACAUCAUAAUUGGUUCAAUUGCAAUUGCAAGCUAUGAACCAGAAAUGGAUUUCUUUGGAGCUAUUUAUUUCAAUUUUGUAUCACUGACAACAAUUGGUUUAGGUGAUUUGGUGCCUAAAAAUGAAAAGUACUUGGUAUUAACGUUGAUUUACUCAGCUGUUGGUUUAGCAUUAACAACCAUUGCUAUUGAAAUUGCUGCUGAAUAUUUGAAAAUGUUACAUUAUUUCGGCCGUAAAAUUGACAAUGUUGGAAAUGUACAAAUUUGGUUUGGAGGCAAAAAGCUUACAAUGAAACAGCUAGUCCGGAACCUGGGUGAUUAUUUCGACUUACCAAUAAAUGAAAUUGCUGAUCUGAAUCUCGACGAUUUCGUCAAUGCGGCAAUUAAAGUAGAAGCAGGUGAACUAGACACCUUACGGUGUCCACGACCAAUCACUGUCGACAUUGAAUCAAUAAUCUUUGUGGAUGCAGAUGAAUCAUACAUACAGCAAUAAUAUAUAAUAAAUUCAUCGUUUAUUCCAGUCGUCGCAUCCAGGACUCAAGAUCAAGAACUGAGCUUUUAUUAAAAAAACAAUAAAGUAUAGAGAAACAAUGUUGUUUGAUCUCAUCUGUAUAUAGUAUGGACUAAUAAAAAGUCUCCUUCUUUAUAAGUGCAGAAAUUAAUACUGUUUUAAAAGAAACCUACACAUUAUUUAAAUCACUUUAUUUCUAAGAUCUCCACAAAUUAGAAAUGAGGAAUUCGAAAAUGAUAACGAGACAUAAAUGAAAACGAUCAUGUUUACAAGGAAAUCGAUAUGAAAAGGUGAGCAUGUCAAAGAAUCUGAAGGGAAAACCCUUUCGGAUUGGUCAGCACCUUUAGACGGAAUAAUGAAUUCAGAAAAUAAGUGGAAAGAGCCAGAGAGAAGGAAAACAAUUCAGAGUUCCAUGAUAAGAAAUGCAUGUAUCACAUUCAACAGCAAGGUUGAAUAAUUUUUAUGCUACACGCAGCAUAAGUU